CCUGCAAAACACAAGAAGAAUAGCCUUUGUGUCUUCUUCAGAAACACAUGGUUGGCUGUAAGAAGCACCACCCAGUGUCGACAUCAAGGUAACAAAGUGUCCCCUCUUCAGCCAGUGUCCGACACAGAUUCAGCUGAUUCCCAGUGUGCUCCAUCCGGCCUCGAACCAACGGCACAUCGGCAUCUAGCUGAUCCACAGCCCGAGCCAUCCGUCCCUGAGCCAACAACUCUACAGGAUCAAACUGAUCCUCUGCCGGGAUCAUCCAGCAUCACGCCGACCAACUGUGAUCCAAAUCCAGCUGAAGAGAAUCCAAAAAUUGAGAAGAAGAAGAAACACAUCUGUGCAUUCUUCAAAAGAGCGUGGCGGGCUGUAAAACAUGCAACAAAACGAAGCAAGAAGCACAAAGUGGCUCCUCUUUAUCCACAGCCAGACACAUGUUCAGCUGAUCCUCAGCUAGAUCUGUCUGUCCUUGAGUCGAUGGCUCUGCGGGAUUCAGUUGAUCCUCAGACAGAUCCAACCAUCCUCGAUUCAGGGGCUCUACAGGAUCUGACUGAUCCUCCAGAAGAUCCACAGCCUGGUUCAUCUGACCCUGAUCGAGAUCCAGAUGCUUCAAAGAGGACACCUGUUGUAGGAGCAUCUAGCUUUGUGCCAGCGGGUCGGCAGGAUCCAGCUGAUCCUCUUCCAGAUCCGUCUGGCCUUGAGCCAGCAGCUCCAAGAUUUCCAGGUGCUUCCAAGCAUAGACGAAUUGGAGAUCGAACCCGUUUCAGAGCAGCCUGUUUCACCGAUCCAACCCCUGUUCCCUUUGAUGAAAUUUAUGAAGUGGGAAGAAAGAUUGGAGAAGGAGGCUUCGGCACUGUGUACGAGGGGAUUUCCAAAUUUCUGCGUGAGCAGGUCGCCAUCAAAAUCAUCCCUAAGAGAGAUGGAGACCGGUUUAUUGAAAUUCCUGGCUGUUCCAAGCCGCUGUUAGCAGAAGUGGCUCUAAACCUGCUGCUGAAACGACCUCCGUUAAGCCCCUACAUUGUGCACAUGCUGGAAUGGUUCGAAGAGGACGAUCGGUUCAUCCUGAUCCUGGAGUAUCUGCAACCCUGCAAAGACUUGCUCAGGUUCACGCUGAACAACAUGCAGCUACUGGAUGAAUCACAGACACGUAGGCUGAUGUACCAAGCGGUGCUGGCAGCCAAGCACUGUCUUGACCGAGGCGUCUUCCACCGUGACAUUAAGUUAAAUAACUUUCUGAUCAACACAAAGACGAACCAAGUCAAACUGAUAGACUUUGGCUGCGGUGACCUCUUCAUAAGUUCAGGCUACUUGGGUGCUUUUACAGGAGGAGUCCGCCCACCUGAGUACUAUGUGAACUUUAAAUACGAGGCAGGGCCAACAACUGUUUGGUCUCUGGGCUUUAUGAUGUACUCAAUGGUGUACAAACGUCAACCCUUUAAAAGUCUGAAAGACAUGAUGCAUGGCAGUCUGAGGUUUAAGCACAAAAUAUCCCCAGAAUUGCAGGAUUUGAUAAACCGCUGCAUGACUCAUGACCCAACUGAGAGAGCAACUAUAGAGGAGAUCCUACAGCAUGAAUGGUUUCAGCAGGGACAAGUGUCAGGAGUAGCUCAGGAUCAGCUAGAAACAGGUAGGAUCAGACAACUUAGGAGGGAAGGCAGAUGAUGACAGAAAACCCAAGAAGUCCACACAGUGCUGAGCUUCAACUCUCCUUUACUUUUGUUUUUUCAGCAGAUGCUCCAAAAUGGCCCCGGAGAGGAAAACAAAAUUAACAAAUUAUUCAGCAGAGAGUCUUCAGAGCAGCAAGCUUAGUUAAUAAUAAUAAUAAUAAUAAUAAUAACACUUGGUGUGCAAAGGAGAAACAAAACACUAAGGAAAAGCAAAAGUAGAGCACAAGGAAAUGUAGAGAGGCCAUAUAGAAUCUAAUUGCACAAACAAUUGGAUAAAACCUUCUAAGAUAAAGUUUCUAAAUGAAAAAACUUGCUGUAAAUUUUGUGUCCAAAACAGCAAACUCAGAGAAAUAAAUUACAAGGGGAAAAAAAGAGCAAAAGUAGGGCAAAAACAAACACAAAGAAACUGCACGUAUUAUGUAAUGCACAAAAAUAGAAUAUAAGUUUGCUGCAGGUCAGAGGUGAUGUUCUGCAGUCAGUAGAAACACACAAAUUCAAUCCUCUGAACACAGGAACAUGCUACUGUCAUUCAUUUUUCGUGAAUAAUCCCAGUCUUCGACUCCCUAUUACAGGUUAUCUGUUGAUAUUUAAGCCAGUGGCCGUAAUGUGUGUCAUGCGCAUUUAUGAGAUGUUUUUCUGCACUGUAAGUGAUGUUACUGACAGAGAUGCUUCCUGCCACAGUGCACAUAUUCAACUAAUCAACAACAAAAUAAUCACCUGCCAGAGCGGCCUGUGAAACUGAGAAAUCCACCUGCUAUAUUUACCUGCAUUUGGAGCUUGACAGGAGAUAAUUCUCUGUCCUGGUUUGAAGGCACUCGUCAAAAUACAUUUACAAUCAUGUACUGUAUAACAAUAAAAGUCUACUGAGCCAUUGAACAUAGUUAUGGGGCAGAGUGACAAGUUUUUUUUUGUUUGCCAGCUCUGGUUAUUUUAUGCAUGUGUUGUUCAAGCUACACUGGACCCCAUUAACUUUCUUUAUAAUAAUAUAGAAAAUAUGAUAUCUAUUUGUGUUCCAUGGAAGAAAAAGGAAGACCAGCUUUGGCCAGUUUAAGGUCUUCUGAAUCUCAAAGCUAUACAAAAUAUUGUUUUACAGUAUUUUUAAUUCUUCUGCGCCUUUUAUUUUCUUGUACAACGUAAAGCUGUUUUUGCACUGAUGUCAAGCCUAUCAUUCAUUUGUUAUGAAUUAUCUUGUCUUUUGGUUUGUGUCCAUCAGGUUUCAAAAAGAGGUAAUAAAUGAGAUGAUGUACCUUGAUGUAUGAGCUGGCAGUGAAAACGUGGAAACAUGAUGCUGUUUCACCGUCUGACCUUCAUCAUGGGCGAAUUAUGGUCGUUCUGUAGACUUUGGAUAAACACUGAAUUAGGUGUCGAUUUGAAAGAGAGAAUCAACGUUGAUAACGCAACAUUGUUUCACCGUCAUACCUUUCACAAUGGAUCAAUACACAACUGUAUGUUCAGUUAGAGCCUAGUUUGCAUUCAGAUCAACACUGUACAUUAUAAACGUUAAAAAUCAAAUGACUGGCAGCAAUGGCUUUACAAUCAACUUCAUUAAACUACCACUUGCUCAACGUUGUAAAACCAUUGUAUUUUUAUGACUGAAACCAGUUGAUCUUUUAUUUUGGUGGAAAACUAUAGUUCCUGUAAAAAAACAUGUUUUACUAACGUGUCCCAUUACAAGAGAUUUGUGCAUUUGUGCAGUGAAAAUGUGUUGAACAAUCAACCAGGGGCUCUGUAAGAGGAGGGAAGAUUAGGGUGAUUCCAAGAGCCCAGUGUUAGAGGAGGGAUUUCUAACGAGGGAAACAGCCCAGACUUUUUUACCACGGGCAACACGGAACGUGAUUUCUACAGAGGGGGACCCUAAAAUAUUUGCACCAACAGCCUCGGGCAUAUAGUGUGUUUGUGCUUCAGAUGAUCCUUGAAAGAGUCCCAGCUCUAGGUCCUUUCUGACAACGUCCCCUCCACUUUCUCUCUCUUGUGCG